AUGUACCUCUUUCUUUCCCCUCUUGUUGUCGUUAUCGCUGCCCAGAUUUCAACAUUUUCUCUCAAGGAUCUUUAUGAUCUUUGGGAGCACCUCCAGUACAACCUGAUUUCGGUGAUUAUCUGCUCGACUCUCCUUGUUUUCCUAUCCACCGUGUACUUUGUCACCCGCCCUCGCCCGGUGUACCUUGUUAACUUUUCGUUCUACAAGCCAGAAGAAUCUCGAAAAUGCACGAAAAAGAUUUUCAUGGAACAGUCUCAGAUGACUGGUACAUUUACAGAGGACAAUCUUCAGUUCCAGCGUAGGAUCCUUAAGAGAUCCGGCCUUGGUGACUCGACUUACCUUCCCGAGGCAGUUCUCAACAUUCCUCCAAAUCCGUCAAUGAAAGAAGCUAGAAAAGAAGCUGAGGCUGUGAUGCUUGGUGCCAUUGAUGAGCUUUUCGCUAAGACAGCUGUUAAACAUAAGGACUUUGGAAUCUUGAUUGUGAACUGCAGUUUGUUCAAUCCUACCCCGUCUCUUUCUGCCAUGGUUAUCAAUCAUUACCAGCUUCGAGGGAACAUAAAAUUUGCACAACACUAA